AGAGUUGCAGACGAAGAAGAAGCAGAGGAAGAAGAGGGAAAAAAAAACUAGUCGCAACUCACAAAUGAAGAAGCAGAAGACGAAGUAGGAGGGAGGGAAAAAAAAAUCUAAUGCAAACAUACCUGAAGUUGAAACAGAGGAGGGAACGAUGGAUUUCAGCCAAGUCCAACUUCAAUCUCAAUCGGUCGGUUGAAUCAAUGAAUCCAGCGCAGGUUCUCUAGGUUUAGAGGCGUAAAGAACUUAAUCGUAGAGAGACACUUCAUCGGGAGAGAGAAACAGUGGAGGGUUUUAAAUUCUAACCCUUUCAUGUUAUAUUUCCCCCCACCACCAAACCUUUUUUUUUUUUGUUCACUUAAGGGGGUAAAAUGAUUCCAUGCAUCUCACACCAUUUAAAAACCUGUAUUUCAUCAAAUGAAAAGUUUACAAUUAGAAUAUAAAAAACAAAUACUUAAGUGAAAGGGGAAAAAAAAACAAAAACACAAGGCGUUCGCCUUUCCUACCAAGUCGUCCACGGCGCCAAAGGCGACGCCUUUUGGACGCCUUAACACCAAAGGAAAGGCGGUCGCCUUUUGGACGCCUUAACACCAAAGGCGACCGCCUUUCCUACGUACACAAUGGCGUCCCUCGCCCUGCCCCUAAAAAAAUGCCUGGACGCUAGACGACGCCUUGACAACUAUGGUCGUCGCACCCACAAGAGGACUCCCUGGUGCUUUUCCAAGCGAAUAUCUUGGCCUCUGCAACAGUACCGAUAAUGGAAAUCCAACCAAUCAUGUAUUCGCAGUUGAGCUUGACACCAUACAGAGCAAGGAGCUCAAUGAUAUCAAUGACAACCACAUCGGCAUUGAUAUCAAUGGAUUGGACUCUGUUGAUUCAGCUCUGGCCUCCCAUAUCGAUAAGAACGCUGGUUGGUCCGAGAACCUCACCCUCAUCAGUGGCCGCUCCAUGCAAGUCUGGGUGGAUUACGAUGGUGUGCACAAGCUGCUAAACAUCACAUUAACUCCAAUCAAUGUUUCUAAAACGGCUGUUCCCCUCUUGUCUCUCUUGCAAUUUUUCUCUGGUCAUGAAAGAGUCCAUGUUCGUCGGUUUCUCAUCCUCUAAUGGUUCCAUUCCCACAUCCCACUAUGUGUUGGGAUGGAGCUUCAAGCUGAACAGGAAAGCAAAAGAACUCGAUAUCUCCCAGCUUCCCAAACUUCCCCAAAAGGUAACAAAACCAGCUAUUCAGACCAUAGGCUUCCUGUAAUUGCCGUUGCUUCAAUGUCAGCGAUAGUCGCUGGCAUGCUGAUUAUGGUGAGAAGGAAGAUAAAAUUUGCAGAAGUGCUUGAAGAAAAGGAGCUCGAUUAUGGUUUGCAGAAAAUGAAAUAGACCUUAAAUAACCAGAUAUACAAUGGCAAAAUGUCUCAUGUUUUGCAAGUUAUCAAAUACAGGAGAAAGACUGGAUUGAAUUAUUGAAAACAUUCUUCCCUCUAUCUAUGUAUUUGACUGCAAAAAAGCUUCUUCAAUGGCUGCUCAGGUCUGUGGUAUAGUGGGCUGCUCAGGUCGUCGGUAGGGGUUGGGUCAGGUCUCUGGUUUGGUGGGCUGCUCAGGUCAUUGUUUUGGGUCUUCUAGGGUUCACUUGCAGGUCUUCAAUGGUAAGUUUGGGGUUUCAAACAAAUGGGAAUGAUUUAUAUGGAGGGACAUAACAAGGGUAAAAUGGUCUUUUUAUUUUUAUUUUUAUAAAGUUUUAAGUUAAUACCGUUAUUGAGACUGGGUACGGUUGAUAUUUCUCAAAAGGUUUGGUGUGACAUGAAAUUCAUUAGUUACAGAGGUGGUACACUACUUCAAUGACAUUUAGAUGCACUUCUAAUACCAUCUAACUUUGAUCUUAAGCCAUUUCUCUCUCUUUUUUUUUUUUAUUAUUAUUAUUUUUAUACUUCAAUGACAUUUAGAUGUACUUCUACUACCAUCUAACUUCAAUGGUAAUUUUUGUUUUAAACAUAACAAACUGGACUGGUUUUUUGGAAAUUCAAUAGUUUUUGAGUUUGUUCUUUUUUAUCAUUGUCUUUUUCCCGAUAUUUGUGCAUUUAUAUGAGAAGAAAGAUAUGAUCACUUCUCUCUUGGAUUGAUUGUAGGUUAUUAGGGAUCGAAAAUGGAGGGAUUUGAUUUCUGUAUUCAGUUUCCCAGCAACAAUUACCAAUGCUUCGUUUGUCUUGCGGAAGUACUAUAUUUCCUUGCUUCAUCACUAUGAACAAGUGUAUUACUUCCGCCGACAUGGCUCAUUGACCUCAAUGGCUGUUUCUGUGGCUAAAAGCCCUACCUGUGGGUCAGCAACGUCACAAGUUCAAGCUAUUGUCCAACCUUCUAAUGAAAAAGGAAGCACAGUAAAUCAAUCACCAGGAAGUUCUCAACUGCACGUUGGCUGUCCAGUUUCUGGAGUAAUUGAUGGAAAAUUUGAUAAUGGAUAUCUAGUGACUGUUAGUUUUGGUUCUCAUAAGUUGAGAGGGGUCCUGUAUCACAUUCCUGAUGAGUUGCAAGUUCCGAGUAGUUCUAUUACUUCAACCAUGAGUAAUAGGCCGAACCGUAAAAGAUCCCAGAUGGCAUUGAAGGAUCCUGCUCGCCCUAAACCAAACAGGAGUGGUUACAAUUUCUUUUUUUCUGAGCAUUACACAAGACUGAAACCAUUGCAUCAUGGGCAAGAGAAAGUCAUCAGUAAGAAGAUUGGGCACCUAUGGAGCAAACUCACUGAGGAUGAAAAACAGGGAGACAACCAGCGUCUUAUUAUACUCAGCCAUAACCAGUCAAUCUUUUUGCAUGGAUCCUUGCGCUCGUCCUUGCUUGGAACCGCCAUGUAGCCGACCCCAUUAGGUUUAUCGGGAGAAAGGAUUGAAGGACAAGGAGAGAUAUCAGAGUGAGAUGUUGGAGUACAGAAAAUUAUCCAGAGCUUCAAUCCUUCAAUAGGCUAUGGAAAUUGAUAAUCAGGAGAGAGAGAGAGAGAGAGAG